AUGACCGGGCGCCUGUGGCCGUCUUUCGCCCGACUCGUUGUUCGACGAAUCUCGGGUAGGGCCGAAAGAAACGACUCUGAACAAUUGAACCUCGUAAAAAAACACAAAACAAGUUUGCGCAAUGGCUAUGGAGGCACCGAAGCUUCCAACGGCGAGCAGGACACUACCUUCAUGACUAGGUAUAUGGUGCAAAAGGUGCUCAAACGGGAAGAUAUCAGGGAAUUGCUGCACACUUACCGCUGGUACCACGAUUCGCAGCUGGAAAGCAUCUAUAGCAAGUUCAUACGCAUCAUUGCAACCCUCAUCACCAUCGAGUGGACUGAGUGGGCGGAUUUUGAUCGGCUCUUCCUAUCGCACAAAAACGGCGACCGAUACACACGAUGCGACGAUCAAUUACCAUUUCGCUCUACUUCGGACCUUGGAUUCUUCUCCCCUCAGGAGGCUUGGAGACGAUUUUUUCACCUGGAACAGUUCGUCUACUCUCCAAUCGUCCUUAAAGAGAAUGACCAUAGCGUAUACCGCGCCGACGAACGGUUACCAUUCCUCAAAUGCGAAGAGAGGUCGCGCGGAGGAUAUGGUGUGGUCUUCCGCGUCGUUGUUCAGAAGUACCAAAUUGAAUAUGCGAGACAUCGCUCACCCAACCACGAGAAAGAAGUCAUGGCGCUCAAAGUGAUCCGCGACGAACGUAGUUUCAAAAACGAGCGGGCUAUCAAUGAAGGCUUCAAGAAAGGGUUCAGUUCCUGUGAAGUGAUAUUAUUGAGUUUUGGUAGCUUCGAGCACGGAAGCACGCUGAACAUUUUGUAUCCCUGGGCCGAACUGAAUCUGGCUGAAUUGCUUUCUGGAGACUACGACUGCAUCCUCGAGAGAGGAGUGGAACUUACACCUCGCGCCUUAGUCUCGCAGCUCCACCAGCUAAGUCAUGGCCUACAAUUCAUGCACAACGAGCUUUACGUCAACGGGCCAAAGAAGUGCUCACAUUUAGACCUCAAGCCAGACAAUAUCCUUAUCUUCCUUGGUCAAAAAGAUCAUCGCAGCGACGCACAAGGCUCCAAAACGGUUAUGCAUUGGAAGAUCGCAGAUUUUGGUCUUUCGGCGCUCUUGGACAGAGAUGAGAGCCAGAAUCGUGUUGGUGGUCCCGCGCCAGGAACAUUUCAACGUUCUAGCAUGAUCGAGCAUUCCUCACUACCUGCUCCAAGGCCACCGGGACCAUUCCAGGCCCCGGAAAUGCAAGCCGGUUCUACUGUAAACCGUUCCACGGAUAUGUGGUCGUUUGGCUGUAUAGCGUGCGAUGUUUUUGCCUUCAUUUUAGGAGGUCCACUAGAAGAACACAAACUGUUUCUGCAACGCAAGAGAGGAUAUGUCAACGAUUAUUUCUGGACUACUGGAGCCGAUGAUAGCUUCGUUGUUAAACCUGAAGUCGAAGAAUGGCUCUCUCUCCAGGAGGCAAAGUGGGGAUCGGAAUCGAGUUUGGGAUGGAUCUGGCGAGCGAUGACUCUUGUUCGCAAGCUCCUCCAGAUUGAUAAGAGUCAGCGCUUGCAGGCGACAAAGACCCGAGCUGAACUUCUGGAAAUCUUGCAAAUGACCGAGGAGCUGUCCAUGCCAUGGAACCUUCCUCCCGUUUCAGAUCUGACUGAGCUGCGACAAUCUUACCAGGACAGCUUUGCAACAGAUAAAUCGAAUUUUGACGCUAUGCUGCUUGAAGAUCAGACACCAUCUCAUGAGAAGUGGGUGCCUCAGGCUUCAGAUGCUGCGCGACCGCAGCUCCAGCCAAAGAGUCCGCUUGAGAGAUUGUUUCCCCUUCAUUUAAAGCGCUCUGAUACUAUUUUACACCCCGACCUUGCGAGGAGGGUAAGCUGGCCAGCUCCUCCAACGUCAGCGCAGUAUUACCGGGUGAGUGUGCCCUCCGGGACUUUCCAGUCAGUUUUGUCUGCGGACGCUGGCUGCGUCUCAUUCUGUAGCGACGAUUAUGUCUACCUAUAUGAUCUUUGCUCCAUACUUGAAGGGUCUGACUUGUUUAUGCCGGAUGAAAGGCAAUGUCUUCCGGCGGAUGGGCCUGCAAAGUUGGCUUCUUUUCGUGCCCGGAUUACCCACCAUUAUACGUCUGUUCUUCUAGCGGGCCCUUACGUGGGGCUGCAGAUGGUGUCUCAUCAACAGGAGCACUCUGAUCGCGUAGAGAUAUAUAAGCGUAGCGGCGCAUCGUUCCAGACGGAUCCAAUCGCGAUUAUACCGUUGGGCCCGGGAUGUCUAGAGGCGAACUUAUCAGCUAGAGGUGGCUUGAUGUUGAUGUAUGAGCAUAAAUUGGACAUCUGCCUGCUAGAUCCCUUUCGUUUACAAGCGCUCGAACUGGAGAACAAUCAAAGGCUUAUGUCCGCGACGUUCUCGCCCGAUGGCCUCUCCAUUGGCGCUUGGUACAUAACUGACAAUCGCGACCAAUGGUGUAUGUGGGAGGUAGGUACUGAUAACAUUACACGGAAGCAAUGGCAGUAUGCUCCACGAAAUCGAGCCGAUAUCGAACUUAAUACCAAGACUACUAACAGGCGCUUGAUACCUGGCACCGACAGUCACACAUUUAUUGCCUUUACAAACUCAGGACAGCUUUAUUUUUUGAAUGAUCACGGCCGUGAGAAGCUCGAUACCUGCCCUGUGCUGUGUCCAGGCGCCUACGCUGCUGUCUAUGACCCCCAAAGCGAUGCACUACUGUUACUUUCCAAAGAGCAAGAUGGUCAUUGGUCACACGUCGAUCUUGUCAGAAUGAUAUCAGACAAUGGCGACCUCCAAGAUCGUGUUAAGCGCGUAUGGUUCCAUGUGGACAAGCACUCACAUGGCAUCGCAGAAGGGCUGGUCCUGUUCACGAAUCCUGGCCAGUCUGGCUUCUUAACAUCUUUUGUGGAUGGCUUUCUCGUCAAGCAGCCAUUUCCGCACGACGUCGGCACUGUCUCCGACAAGAUGGAGAUAUGA